CAUGGAUGGAUGCCGUCGCUGACCUUUUCUCUCUCCGUCCAUUGCCAUUCCACAGCCGCCUCUCUAUCCCUGCUACUCUAGUUCAUCAUCUUGGCCUUUCCCAACCCCUCACACAGCAGCCACAGCCAACAACAUGGGAGGCGGCCCUGAUAAGGAACAUCUGCUCAUCGUCCUGUGGGAUCCCGAGCCCAAAGACCUCACGGCUGAGAUCAAGCGACGAUUCCCCUAUUUCGAUGUUACGUAUUACCAGCUGAAUGCGAUGGGCAGAGAAGGCAGAGAGAAGUCUCAGACGAUCCCAAAGGAACUAUGGCAGUCGGCCACCAUCCUCAUCACCCUUUCAGCCCUCCCUGCCCGACCGGAAGAUGCUCCAAACCUCAAGCUCAUCCACCUCUUCUCCGCCGGCGUCGACCACUACAUGAACCACCCUAUCGUGACCGACAGCGACAUCGCCAUCACCACGUCCUCGGGCAUCCACGGCCCGCCCAUCACCGAGUGGAUCAUCAUGACCACCCUCGUCGCCAGCAGGCACUACGCCACCGAGUACGAGUGGCAGAAGCAGCACCGCUGGGGCACCGAGCGCAAGAUGCUGACCGCCGGCACGGACUGGGUGGGCAAGACGGUCGGGAUCGCCGGGUAUGGGAGUAUUGGGCGUCAAGCCGCCCGCGUCUUUUCGGCCUUGGGCGCCCAUGUUCACGCCUACACCGCGGGUCCGCGCCCAACACCCGCGUCCAGAACCGACACCGGCUACAUCAUCCCAGGGACGGGUGACCCGGACGGCACGAUCCCGCGGGCAUGGUACUCGGGGACAUCCAAGGCGUCGCUGCACGCGUUCCUGGCCUCGGGUCUUGACGCGCUGAUCAUCGCGUUGCCCCUUACGCCGGCGACGCGGCACAUGUUCUCGACGGCCGAGUUCGAGAUCCUGGGCGGCAGCUCUGCACCGUCGUCCGCGUCCUCGUCCUCGUCCUCGUCCUCGUCGACGCCGCAGCCGGGCCGGAAAUCCCGCUCGUGCUUCCUGAUCAACGUCGCGCGGGGGCCCUUGCUCGACCAGCCCGCCCUCGUGGCGGCCCUGAACAACGACGUCCUCCUGGGCGCCGCCCUCGACGUCACCGACCCGGAACCCCUGCCCCCGGACGACCCGCUCUGGGACGCGAAGAACGUCAUCGUCACCCCGCACAUCAGCGGCCUGGGCAGCGAGUACGCCCAGCGCGCCUACGACGUCUUCAUGGUCAAUUGGGCCCGCCGGGAGAAAGGGGAGCGGAUGUUCAACCUGGUCGAUCGUCGGAAGGGGUAUUGAUUGAUUGAACCCAUUUAGUUGGUUGGUGGUUCAGGUUUGCGACUGGACCUGUGCUUGAGCUUGAGCUUACUUUGCUUUUGUACUCGCGUGCGUGCAUGCGCGAUACACGAGAGAGUCUAAGUCGGAGAAAAGAAAAGGGGAGGUUGGUGGGUGAGAGGGAGACGGACAGGGCGAAGAAAAGAGGUGGGAGAACUGAUAUAGAUAGACGGACCGUCGUUCCUUUUCUUUCUACCUAGAAUUUCCCCCUUUGCAAAGGUAAGGUUGCGUCUUGAAGUCGAGUCGAGUCGAGUCGAGAGCCUUUGGGUUGAGUUGGGUUUACACUCUCCAGUUCCGACAUGCAGUCCUCCUCUAGUCCUCCUUGUUCUCACCGGGUCAGCAAACGGGGCAGCAAAAGAUGGAAGAACAAGAACAAGAUGCUCGGACGCGCCGCCCAUGGUGGGCCACCGUCAUGGAUAGAAUGGAUAGAAAGGAUAGAUUAUGCCCUUUUGCUACGCUAUGCCAUGCCACAUCCCGUG